AAGAUCAACACCCAGGACGGUGAGGCCGCGUUGCUCAAGCAAGCCUUCGACGUAGCCACAGCCGCAACCAAUGCUCACGAUGGUGCGAACUUGGAUGCGGUGCAGUGUCUGGCAGAGAGCAUCGAGCUCAUCAGCGCUCAACGUGACACAGCUGGAGGCCGGCGCACUAGGCACGAAACCAAAGACCAGAGGAGCAUACAAUCAAGCAAGACAGCGAGACCGGAGCGUGCCAUGUCGGGCCUGAGUGACAACGUCAAGAUGAUGUUGAACGGUGACAACAAAAUCCGCCUCGGCCUCAUUGGCGUCGCUGGCUUCUUUAUUCUCAUUGGAAGCUCGCUCCUCUGGAAUUACCAGCACAAGUCCCAAGGCAGCGGAAGCACCGGUCCUGAGAAGGAUGGCAACGCUUCAACGCAAUACUUUAUCUUUACCUCUUGGAUCUUCAUUGUGUGCUGUGCUGGCGCCCUUCUCCUGCGCAACAGCUACAAGUUUCAGCUGCUAACCACCAUUCCACUUCUUCUCAUUGUCAUGACCCACCAGGUCGGCAUCAUUGGUGCCGACUCUGCCACCGGUACCUUCUCCCACUGGGGCACCAUGACCUUGGUUAGAAAGCAGAUUGAUCUCAUCGGCGAUUCCAAUGACGAGCUCAAGCAUGAACUGCAAAAGGCUCUGGCUGGCGGUGUCCUGAAUCUUUUCGGCUUUUAUCUGGGCAUCGCCGCCGUGAUUGCUCAAAAGCCGGACCUCAACUUCAAUAUUACACCAGAGCUCAUUUCCCUCGGCGCUGGUGCCGUUCUCUCCUUCCUGGGCUGCAUUAUCCUUUGGUCGUGCGAUCCCGUGGCCAACCCACUUUAUGGAACAAGCAGCCGCUCGGGCGGCUCCUCAGCUGAUCCUUCGGGCUCCUUCCUGAUGUACAGCUUCACCUCAUUCAACGUGUUUCUUGUGGUGCUUACGGCUGUGGCACUCUUUUGCCGUCACCGUGCCGUUGCACUUUUCAGCUUUGUUUUUGCGGCGUAUUUUUCCUUGUUUGGUCUCUCGUACGCACUGGGCAUCAGCGCGUCGUGCGACGAGAAGCACGUGGACCAGGGCCGUGCGGGUGCUCUUUUCGUGUGGUUUUCAUACCUCGCUUUGACCGUGUCGGCCUACUUUGCCUCGGCCGAGCUCGAGCCUACAGACCGCGAACUGGACGGCUAUGCCGCCUAUGAUGACGAUACCGAGGGUCUUCAUCCGGAAGAUAACACAUACAAUCCCGUCGAGGUCCAGCAGGCCAGCCCGAGCUUGCCUGCGACCACAGCCUAGAAACCCGGCUGGACUUUUGCUCCGCUUGAGAAGAUUCGGUGAAGACUGACGGCCCUGCGAGUUUUGUUUUGUGACUGGCAUUGAAGCAGAGUGUUUUCGUCGGCAUACACGAUGGAUGCGCGCUGAGAGCUGGGCUGCAGGCAAGGUUUUCAAAAAAGCAAAAACAAAAUAAAUCUGGGUCGUUACAAUUGAGUUUUCAGGCCCAG